GGAAGGUGCGGGCUCCAGAUUCUGCGCCCACUCCUGCUGCCUGUUACACUCUUCGGGUCCCCUCAGUCACAGGGCUUUGUGGCCUCAAGGGCACAGCCAGCGCCAGCAGCUGCAGACCAAGCCAGCAGCGCUCAUCGGGACUCCCAGGAGAUCCCUGCGAUGCCUCUGCGCUCCGUCUCAGUGGCCAGGUGCGGUGGUCCUGUCCCCAGUCCGCCCGGGUUUCCCUGACCUCCCCGCCCCAUGUCUGAGCCCUCAUGGCGGCCACGGCGCCAGAGGGCUGGCGGCGGCCGCCGCGGGUGAGCAUGCAGGAGCAUAUGGCCAUCGACGUGAGCCCGGGCCCCAUCCGGCCCAUCCGCCUCAUCUCUGACUACUUCCCCCACUUCUACCCUUUUGCUGAGCCCGUGCUGCGCACCCCUGACUGGCUCCCAGCUGCAACCCCAGCCAACGGCUCCACACCCCAACUGCAGCGUGACCCAGAACCAGAGGCAGACUCUGAUGAUAGCACUGCCCUGGGGACCCUCGAAUUCACACUUCUCUUUGAUGCGGACAACAGCGCCCUGCACUGCACAGCCCAUAGGGCCAAGGGUCUCAAGCCACCAGCCUCAGGCUCUGUGGAUACCUACGUCAAAGCCAAUCUGCUGCCAGGACCCAGCAAGGCCAGCCAGCUUCGGACCCACACCGUUCGGGGCACGAGGGGACCUGUCUGGGAGGAGACACUCACCUAUCAUGGCUUCACCCGCCAGGAUGCUGGCCGAAAGACCCUUCGGUUGUGUGUGUGCGAGGACCCAAGGCUUCGACGACGCCGACAGGCACCUCCUCUGGGGGAGCUCCGGGUUCCCCUGAAGAAGCUGGUGCCCAAUCGAGCCAGGAGUUUUGACAUCUGUCUGGAGAAGCGGAGGUUGACCAAGAGGCCCAAGAGCCUGGACUCAGCCCGAGGCAUGUCCCUGUAUGAGGAGGAAGUGGAGGCCGAGGUGGCUGGGGAGGAACGUGGGCGCAUCCUGCUGUCCCUAUGCUACAGCUCUCAGCGGGGUGGCCUGCUGGUGGGUGUGCUGCGUUGUGCCCACCUGGCCCCCAUGGAUGCUAAUGGCUACUCGGAUCCUUUCGUCCGCCUUUUCCUGCAUCCAAACUUGGGCAAGAAAUCUAAAUACAAGACCAGUGUUCGGAGGAAGACCUUGAACCCCGAGUUCAAUGAGGAAUUCUUCUAUGCAGGCCCUCGUGAGGAGCUGGCCAAGAAGACGCUACUGGUGUCUGUGUGGGACUACGACCUGGGCACAGCUGAUGACUUUAUCGGUGGGGUGCAGCUGAGCAGCCAGGCCAGUGGAGAGCGCCUGCACCAUUGGCGAGAGUGCCUGGGCCGCAGUGACUGCCGCCUGGAGCUGUGGCACCCGCUGGACGGUGUGGCUCCCCAGCUCGGCAACUAGCUACCGGGCCUGGCUUGUGGCCUCUCCUCAUCGCAGCCAGGAUGACCCUGGAGUUGGCAGGAAUGCUUGGGCUGCCCCAGCUGCUAUACCCACCUUCUACCUUUCCCACCCCCCAAGUUUUACCUUCAACCAUUCCAAAUUGUGAAGCCAAAAUAAAUAUCUUCUGGCCAGGCCAGAGCCUGUCCUUUCUCUG